UGUGUGGGUGGUGCAGGUAUCGGUGCGGGUCCCUCAUUCCUCUGUGUGGGCGGUGCAGCUGCAGGUAUUUGUGGGUCCCUCAUUCCUCUGUGUGGGUGGUGCAGCUGCAGGUAUCUGUGCGGGUCCCUCAUUCCUCUGUGUGGGCGGUGCAGCUGCAGGUAUUUGCGGGUCCCUCAUUCCUCUGUGUGGGCGGUGCAGCUGCAGGUAUUUGCGGGUCCCUCAUUCCUCUGUGUGGGCGGUGCAGCUGCAGGUAUUUGCGGGUCCCUCAUUCCUCUGUGUGGGUGGUGCAGCUGCAGGUAUUUGUGGGUCCCUCAUUCCUCUGUGUGGGUGGUGCAGCUGCAGGUAUCGGUGCGGGUCCCUCAUUCCUCUGUGUGGGCGGUGCAGCUGCAGGUGUUUGUGCGGGUCCCACGUUCCUCUGUGUGGGUGGUGCAGCUGCAGGUAUUUGCGGGUCCCACGUUCCUCUGUGUGGGCGGUGCAGCUGCAGGUAUUUGCGGGUCCCUC